AUGCGCUCUACACUCCGGCUAUUGGCCAAUGUUAAGCCCCGGUACCUGGAGCCUUUCGCUCCAACCGGCUUGACGGGCCUUUUCACCCACCCCAGCCCUCGCCCUACCCUCAUCUACCUUUACUCCACCACUCUGCAAAAGCUUCAGGCGUUCCCCGAGUCCUCCGCAUACCGCCAGUCCGUUGAAGCGCUGUCCCGCAACCGUCUGCAAAUCGUUGAAUCGCAAAAGCCCGCCGGAUUCGAUGCCUGGCUAGAGCGCGUUCGGAAGACCGUGGGAGCCGAGCCUGAGCGGUUCGCCAAGGUUUCGCGCACCGAGGGUGCCUUCACCCACGCUGCUGCUCAACAAAAGGACGGCAGUGAUGUCGCCCGUGGUGAAGAAUGGGAUGGCGAAGGACCUCCCGUCCCCAGCGGUGGCCCCCGUACCCCGCAGGAACAGGCCGAAUGGGCUCAAAUCAUGGCCGAGGCCAGUGAAACCACCGAGAAGGCCGAGCACGAUUUCUAUCACCAAGAGAUGAAGUGGGAGAGCGAGCCCGCUCUCAAUGCCGAUCAGAUCUCGGAAAUCGAGCAGAAGAUUGGCGCCGGUCUUAUCGAGGAGGUUAUCCAGGUUGCUGAGUCGGAGCUCAAGCUUGUUGACGAGUUGGCCAAGGCCAAGGUUUGGGAAGAACUUGAGGAGAAGCCCCAGCCCGGCCAGUGGACUUACUUCGCGCGUGGUAACUAA